CAAUUAAUUUCCAUAUCAAUUGUAGCCGGUAAGUUAAAGGGAACGAAGAAGGGAGUCCAAAUCAAUGAGCUUUAAAUAAAAAUAAGACGAAGAAAGGAACUGCAUAUAAAACAUUCCACGAAAACAAGUUUAUGCACACACAUUAAGAAGCUCUCCCGUUAACUCCUCCUCCGCAAGCUAGUCAAAGGUCAAUUUGCAACAAUCAAUUUAUGCACGUAAGAGCCCCAAAGAAGAGCAAACAGUGUGUUGAAUAAAUUAAGAAAAAGUCACCAGAAGUGAUAAGAAAAAAAGGUUUAUUUUAUAAAAUAAUUAUCAUACCUAAAUUAAAAGAACCAGUAACAACAAUAAAGUCGAAGCAACGAUCAAUAAUAUGGCUGCAGAAAAAUUAGAUGUCAUAAUAUUUGGAGCCACCGGCUUUACCGGCAAAUAUACCGUGUAUGAAGCAUGCUCGGUAUUGGAAAACCUCAAGUGGGGCAUUGCUGGACGUAACCGCAACAAAUUGGAGGCAGUGCUUAAAGACAUGGGUGCCAAGGCCAAUAAAAAUCUAAUGAAUACACCCAUCAUAAUUGCCGAUGUUAGCGACGAAAAAUCUCUGGUCGAAAUGGCGAAACGUUGUCGUGUUGUAGUCAACUUAUGUGGACCUUAUCGCUUCUUUGGUGAGCCUGUAGUGCGUGCUUGCAUUGAGGCCGGUACUCAUCAUGUGGACGUUAGCGGUGAGCCCCAGUAUAUGGAAACUAUGCAAUUGAAAUAUCAUGCCCAGGCGCAAGAGAAAAAUGUAUACAUUGUGUCGGCCUGUGGCUUUGAUUCUAUACCCGCCGACAUGGGCGUAGUGUUUAUAGAGAAGAACUUUGAUGGUGUUGUCAAUUCCGUUGAAACCUAUUUGAAGAGUUAUACUAAAGGCGGUCCAACCGGAGGAGCCGGUAUUCAUUAUGGUACCUGGGAAAGCGCUGUUUAUGGUUUAGCUCAUGCCGGCGAGUUGCGCGGCAUACGCAGCCAAUUGUACAGUGAACGAUUGCCCAAGUUCCAGCCCAUACUUAAGAAUCGUCCAAUCAUUUUCCGUUCUGAAAUAGUCAACAGUGUGUGUUUGCCUUUCCCUGGCGCUGAUCGUUCGGUGGUGAUGCGUUCUCAACGUUUUCUCUACGACCAAGAACGUAAACGUCCCGUACAAAUGCAUGCCUAUGUAGCAUUUGGCUCUUAUUUAACCGCUUCCUUGGUGGCUCUGUUUGCGGUAUUAUUUGGUCUCAUGACCAAGUUUUCCUUGGGUCGCCGUUUGCUGUUAAAGUAUCCUAAAGUUUUCUCAUUGGGUUUCACUUCGCAUGAAGGGCCCUCUGAGGCUGCUAUGGAAAGGACUUACUUUUCCAUAACUAUGAAAGCUUUGGGCUGGCCUCAGUCUGAGCGUUUGGCUGAACCUACUGAUCAAUACACCAGCCCUCCUUCGAAAUCGUUAAAGGUCAAGGUAUCUGGUCCUAAUCCCGGCUAUGGUUCUACCUGUGUAGCUUUGCUUUGCAGUGCCGUUACCGUUCUUAAGGAAAGUGACAAAAUGCCUGGAUCUGGUGGUGUUCUGCCACCUGGUGCUGCUUUUGCCAAGACCAGUUUGAUCAGUGAGUUGGAGAAACACGAACAUGGCAUUAAAUUUGAAAUAUUGGCCAACAAGUAAAUAGUAUUUAAUAACUACUAUGUAUUUUGAAAGAAGUGUGAGCUUUUUUUUUGGUAAUUUAUCAUUUUUAAAAUGAUGAAUCAGCAUGUAUGUAUGUAUGCAUAUACCUAUUACGUAUAUUGAAAUUGAAUUUCAUAAAGUUUUAUAGUAGUGAAGUAAUUAUUAAAGAAAAAACAUUUUCGUUUUGAUUUGUAUUGCAUUUCUUAAUAAAAUAAUCAAUAUUUAGAAAUAA